CUCGGUCGGAGUGCUUGCGGUUCGUGCGUGUGAUGUGGCUGCCAGGGACAAGGGGAAGUCGCAGUUUGUAGCCAUAUUAUCCAUCAUACCCGGCCCCAGGCAGCCUCCCGUACUCACUCCCUACCUCACUCCCACAAUAGACGCGUUCCGCCAUCUAUUGACAAACGGGAUGGGCGUCACGCAGUCCUGGCGAGACAAGCUCAGCGGUAAUGUCGUCAGCGAGUCAUUCGUACACAGGGGCUUUCUAUCCGCCGUACUGGCCGACACACCCGCGCGCAUCAAGUGCGCCCUUCUCGCGGGUGUCGGUUCCUACAUAGGCGCGUGUAGCUACUGCUUCUUCCAGGGCACGUAUGUCCGC